AGGGCUCGGCAGGCGACACUGCUUCUGUCUAUCGGUUUGUAUUUGUCUGCCAUUCUGUCCACAACCGGCGCAAUCUCUAUCCACAGAUAAAGAAGGAGGAGGAGGACGAGCGGGCUGCAGCCGAACCUGUUUCUUUCUCUCCUUCAUUUUCACCUUUACCCGUGUCUCUCCACACUGGAGAGAAAAAAGAGAGGAAGUGUGGUUGUCUGUUCUCUCUCUCUCCCCCUCCCUCCCUUUCUCUCUCUGGGUCUAAUGGUGUAAGUAGCUUUAGGAUAUUGACUAACAGAAAAGGAGGAACCUUCCGGGCACCGAGCGCAACAUGGGGACCGACGAGUCGUACAACUUUGUGUUCAAAGUGGUGUUGAUAGGGGAGUCUGGAGUCGGCAAGAGCAAUCUUUUAUCUCGCUUCACCAAAAAUGAGUUCAACCAUGACAGCCGCACCACCAUCGGUGUGGAGUUUAGCACACGGUCCGUGCAGCUUGACACCUUCAUCAUCAAGGCCCAGAUCUGGGACACUGCUGGGCUGGAGCGCUACAGGGCCAUUACCUCAGCGUAUUACAGGGGAGCAGUAGGGGCUCUGUUGGUCUAUGACAUUAGCAAACACCUGACCUAUGAGAGCGCAGAGCGUUGGCUGAAGGAGCUGUACGACCAUGCCGACCCCCACAUUGUGGUCAUGCUGGUGGGCAACAAGAGCGACCUGGACUCCCUCCGGACUGUGUCAGCGGAAGAGGCCAAGGACUUUGCAGAGAAGAAGGGCCUCAUGUUCAUGGAGACCUCGGCAUUGGACUCAACCAACGUCGAAGCUGCUUUCAACCAAGUCCUCACAGCGAUUCAUAAGAAGGUGGCCAGCAGAGAGGUGACCCGCGGCUCCAUCAGCGCCGUGACCUUGUCCAGCCCCACCGGACCAGCCAGCGAGCCCGACGAGGAGCACCGAACCUGCUGCAAGAACCUCUGACCUGGACUGCUGCUGACCCACUAGUAUCUGUUAUACUUGUUCGUCAUCACUCAAACUUAAACACAAUUCGAUUUGCACACAAUCUGAAGAUACGGGUUCCUCUUUUAGGCUGGUGCAGUAUAUAAAGCAACCCAUCUUUUCAACCACAUGGGUCGUAUCUGAGUAAUAACAACAGCAAAUGACGGAAUAAAGCUCGUGCUGCAGGAAAAAAGAUACAAGUAGGGCAGGAAUCCAUAUAUCAUUAAUAUUCUCUGCAGAGAUGGUUAAAGGGCGCUUUUUACCUUUUAUGUUUAAGCUUCAAAAGGGGCAGGGGAGCUUAGGAGAGAGUUUUAUUACUUUUAUAAAAGAACAGACUGGGAUUGGCGCCAUAAAUUAUUUUUUGAUAUACUGUCUGUAUCCAACUGUAAACUCAAAAGUUAUGAUCUUCAUAUGAAAGCGAGUCAGCUCGUGUGAAAUAAAUUAAAUCUGACCAAA